CGAUGCCGAUGGUUGUUAUCAUCACUGAGCACGUGGUGUAUGGCCAAGGUAUCUAAAUUGAUGUAACUGUCAGAAACAGUUGAUGUUUGUUUAUUGAGUUCGUCAACAAUUACAAAGUAAGCGUGAGGUGAAAUGGUGCGGACAAAAAAUCGGUACAUCGUAACUCAAAUUAUCCCUGAAAAAUCAGUGAGUGCAGCUGCAACGUUUAGUGACGCUGCAAUAACAAAGUCGAUACGAAACAAUGUUCAAAAAUACUAUGGAGAUUUCGGAUCAGGAUCAAUAAAUGUUGGUUUUCGGAUAAAGUAUUGCAAUGAGAAGACGAAGGUUACGAUAAUACGAUGUCGUCACGGUCCGCAUCGAUUUAUAACUAGCAUUCUUCCAUUAAUGACAGUGAUCGGUGAACAUCGAGCAAAAUUUCGUAUUCUAUACAUAGGAGCCACCAUAAUGCAGUGCAAUAAGUUCAUCGUUAAUUUCCAGAAAGACUGCCUUGAUCGAGCAAUUGGAGAUAUUGAGUCGGCAAAGGAUAGGAUAGAUUUUAUAAAGAAUAUUAUGGACUUUAAAAUGGAAUGAGUAAUAAACGCAUUACUUUGUUCCAUAUUAU